AUGGUACUGGUUACAAGAACACUCCCUUUUGACCACCACAACAAUGCUUCCAAUGAUCCUCACUCUGGUCUGCGACAUGGUGCUGAAGGUGCAGCUCUUGGUGCUGGUGCGUAUGAAGCCAACAAGCAUCUUGAAAAUGGUCACCGUGGCUCUUUUGAAGGCAAUCCUGAUUAUGAAAACUCUGGUCUCAGAUACACUGGCCGCCAAGAUCGUCUCCCUAGCAAUUCCAAUGUUGAAGGUUUCCAGCGUGUCCGUGAACAGGCCAGCCAUCACAACAAUGAUCCUGAAACUUACAGCCAUCACAAUGAUCAUUCCGGAUUGAAGCAUGGAGCCGAAGGUGCUGCCUUAGGUGCUGGUGCUUAUGAGGCUAACAAGCACAUGGGUCAUCACAAUGGCGAUCAUCACCGAGGCGUUCUUGACAGCGAGCAUCCCCAUUCUACUGACCGAGGCCUUCAUGAUAACCGCGAUCAUUCUGGAUUGAAGCAUGGAGCUGAAGGCGCUGCUUUGGGCACUGGUGAGUAUGAAGCUAACAAGCACAUGGGUCAUCACAAUGGCGAUCAUCACAGAGGCGUUCUGGAUAGCGAGCAUCCCCAUUCUACUGACCGUGGUCUUCAGGAUAACCGUGACCAUUCUGGAUUGAAGCAUGGUGCUGAAGGUGCUGUUCUUGGUGCUGCUGGUGCCACUGCUGGUCAUGAAGUCAACAACCAUCACAACUCUCCUCCUGUUUCCAACUCUACCAAUGGUGCCGAACAUGGUGAAGAAAACACUCCUGAUGGCCAAAGAGGCAAGGCUUCCGCACCACAUCCUCUUAAUACUGGUGGUACUGCAAGCCAUAUUGCCGAGCAACCUGAUAUGGGAUUAGGUGGUUUGACUGGUAAACAGCCAGUUGGAAAGAUUGAUCUUAAGAAUUUGUAAAUAGCUUUUUUUAAAUACGAAUUAUUAUACAUGUACAUAGAUAUAUAAAAACCUCUUUUAAUUAUUUGGUUUUGUUGAAUAAAUACCAUUAUUUCACAAUAAAAACUAUACUUUACUUCU